UUGAAAAUGGCGACGUUCUACACCCGAUGCUUGCAAGAGCUCCCAACAUUAAAUGUCACUGAUGUUCAUCGGAUUUGCAGGACAAUGAAAGCCCCAGCCAGCAAACUGGAUAAAGGAUUUAAAUUAUAUGCUGCAUCAUAUAUACACAACUAUGAAGAUUAAGCUUCUGGAUUCAUCACCAGUGGAGCUGACAUCCAGCCAGUGCUCCUGUGUGGCAGGCACUGUUAUGUGCAAUCACACAGUGGCACUGCUCUUCCAAACAGCGCACUACUCAGAACUCAGAGUUCCUGUUGUCCCUCCUGUCCAUAGCUGCACCGAAUCUGAACAGCAAUGGCACAAGCCACGCACAAUGGGUGUGAAGCCAGGACCCAUCAACUCUGUGGUCUUCACUAAGCCGGUACCAAAUAGGAUGGUCCAGACUGGAGUACGGAGUGGAUUCUACAGAGGCAUGGUGGGUCCAUUACCAGAUCCCUGCAUGUUCAGAAUAACAGAGGCAUAUGCAAAAUUUAAAAUUGAGGACAGGCCACUUGUGACCACGAUGAACAUGAGACCUGAUAAGCCCCUUGUGGAAAGUGCCUUUGGCCUGGUGCAGGAGGGCAGUGUUCUGUCAUAUCAGCAGCCAGUUUUGAAAUCCCGGUACAUCACACUACAUCAUGAUGCACCACCAACACCACACUUACCUCUGGAGAGUUAUGACAUCUUGCCAUUAGACUGUGCGUUUGUGUGCUCAGAAGAGGAGCUCCUACAUCUCAAGAGCUUGUCUGUAACUCUGGAAAUGGCUCAGAAAAUAGAAGCAGCUACACGUGAGCAAAGUUCCAGCUCUGAGUGGCAUCUUCUCCGCAGGCCCAGAGUGACUGCCUCUAGGUUUCGCGAAGUGUGUCAUGUCAGAGGCCAGAGCUCUGCAGAGUCACUUGCUGAGCGCAUCAUGAAGGGAACAAGGCAAACAGCAGACAUGAGGAGAGGUGCUGAGAUGGAGCCAGCAAUAGCAACUGAGUACAGUAGGCUAAUGAAUGUAAACUACUCACCCUGUGGUCUAGUCAUUCACCCCACCGCCCCCUGGCUUGCUGCGUCUCCUGAUGGUGUUGUAUUUGACCCCAAUGAAUACCCCCAGUUUGGUCUUGUUGAGUUCAAAUGCCCAAAUGUACAAAACUUUAUUGACUGCAAAUAUGUACAAAUAGACUCUGGUUCUCCUGCACUAAAGAAGAGCCAUGCAUAUUACUGGCAGGUACAAGGACAACUGCUCAUCAGCGGGAUGCAGUGGUGUGACUUUGUUGUGUGGGCACAGGAGGACUACCUUGUGCAGAGAAUAUACACAGAUGCAGAGGUGCAAAGAGCAAUCAGAGAAAAAGCUGACCAUUUCUUUUUCUACACAUAUAUGCCAAGAUACCUGUGUCUGAAAAAUGAACAAUGAACACAUAAGGGUAAAAAGGAUUCUUCAGGUUUGCUUGUGUAACUGUUACAUUUUAUUUGCAAUUUAAACAUUUUAUGAAUUUGUUUCAACAGUUUACAUUUGUGUGAAAUAAAUUAUUUUAGAAAUGGCAUUGAUUGAGUUUUUAAAACACAUUAAGAUAUUGAGUUUGUAUUAUAUUCAGGACAAACAACCCCAUACUG